CUGUGCUCCAUGCGCACGCGCGGAAAUGGAUGCUGGCCAGGCCUUGAGUGAAAAGCUCUCGACCUGCGGGGAAUGAAUGACAGAAAAGACAGCAAGCUCCCAUGAUGAAAUCCUGCUGUGAAGGUGAUUUUGCUGUGGUGUACAGCUGAUACUCCUCUGGCCAUGGCGGAUAGUGUCAGGACAUUCCUUCUGGAUGUUGUGAAGGGGAUAGGGGAUUCUGUCUUUGGAAUACGAACAAUUUCAAAGCUUGAUGAACGGAUUCACCAGAAGCGAGAAGAACAAAGAAAGAAGAAAGAACAACGUAGUGCAUUGGCACACCGCAGAGCUCAAAUAGAAGAGAAGAGGGAAGAGAAUGAGCCCCGAAUAGCAAACAGGAUUGUGCAGUGCUGUGCUUGGAAUGGAGGGAUAUUCUGGAUGAGUAUCUUUGUCUUUUACCGGGUCUUUAUCCCUCUGCUUCAGGCCAUCACUGCACAUAUUAUGGGAGAUCCCUCAUUACAUGGAGAUGUAUGGUCCUGGGUGGAAUUUAUCCUGAACUCCACCUUUAGUGCUUUUUGGAUACUGCCUCUGUUUGUUCUCAGUAAAAUAGUGAAUGCCAUCUGGUUUCAGGACAUUGCUGAUCUAGCAUUUAAAGUGUCUGGAAGGAAAGCACAACCCUUCCCCAGUAUCAGUAAGAUUAUUGCAGACAUGCUCUUCAAUCUGCUUCUGCAGGCCUUGUUCCUCAUUCAGGGACUGAUUGUGAGUCAUUUUCCUAUUGAAAUUAUUGGACAGCUGGGCAGUCUGUUUCAUAUGUCAAUGCUGUAUUCCUUGUACUGCUUUGAGUAUAAAUGGUUCAACAAUGGGGUGGAGAUGCAUCAGCGCUUGUCCAACAUUGAAAGGAAUUGGCCCUAUUACUUUGGUUUUGGAUUACCCUUGGCUAUUCUCACUGCUCUGCCCUCAUCCUAUGUGAUCAGUGGCUGUUUGUUCUCCAUUCUGUUUCCUCUGUUUAUAAUAAGUGCAAAUGAAGCAAAAGUCCCAGUGAGGUCAUUUCAUUUUCAGCUGCAUCUCUUCUCCUUUGUGAUAAUGCUCAGCAACAAACUCUUUCACAAGACCGUUCAUAUUCAAACUGCCAUGAUAGCAACAACGUCAUCAGAGCAUCUGCCAUCUCCUCAUCCGUCCCCUGCCAAACAAAGGCCAACGAUGCAACAGUAAACUCCAGUUCAGGACACUUUGUUUCUUGGCAUUUUGCACAAGGUACACCUCCUACCUGUCCUAUGAAGGCAGGACAGUUUUCAAGGAGGCUUUGAGUAGCCACGUUUUGCUUGUGUGUAUAUGUACCUGGCAGUUCCAACAUCCGACGUAAGAAUUUGUCCUCCUGCUGUGGAACUGGGAGGUAGAAGAUUUGAACUUCCAUCAGAUUUUAAUGUGGUAAAUUUUAUGUGAAAAAGCAUUUUAUAGAAGAUGUAUGAGUGAGACAGAAAUUGCAGCGAAUACUCUGACUUGUGCCUAAAUGUAAUUUUUUUUGUGUACACAUUUGUGCCAAGUAUGUGACUUCCAGAAUACAGUGCUACGUUUUAUUGUUGCUUUGAGGGAAUUUUGGGAGGGGAGUUGGAAGAUGAGAGGAACUGAGUAUAGGACAGUAAAAGUGUAACUGUCCAGUAUUAGUCUCAGUCCAGAUUACCAUUAGGGAUAUCAUAAUGGAACUUGUGUUCUAGCUCAACAUUAAACCAAUAAUGAUAAUGGUAAAUGUAUUUCUGAUCCUCUUGAAUUAGUGAAGCCUGAUUAUUUUUUUUUUGGAAAAAUUAUAUUUUGAAGAAGGGAGAAUUGUGUACUACAAUGGACUUUACAAGAUCUUGCUCCUCAACUGAAAGUGAAUUGUAUUCUUAAUGUAACUUUUUUUUCUCUGCUGAUGUCCUCAAAUCUGCUCUGUUAUGGGUAGGAUAGAUGUUCACACCACUGACUAUUGGAUCUAUGGCUAAGUCACUUACUGACAUGCAAGCUCAGUGAAAGUAAAGUUAAUUUGCAUUAAUCUAAGACUAGGAGAAGACACCGAACUGUUCCAUAUCUGACAUGCCUUCUGUAAACUGUACCAAAGAGGGUUAGGUCUCUUUUGCUGAACUCUACCAGAUUGGAUGUUUAAUUUUAAGUCUAUUGAAUGAUGAACCAAAAAUCCUUUGAAAAGUAACCACAAAAUGUGGGGAACCCAGAAUUUGUCACAAGUAAUGUUCCAGGCAAGUGAUCCUGAUCAUAAGACCAAAAUUUUUGUAGCAAGUCCAUUGAGACAGCCUCUUUCAGCUUAUAAAACUAAACUAUUCACAUUAAAAAGUCAAAUGAAUAAAGUUUUAUUUUUGAGUCUACUUCAUGCUAAACAAUGCGGUGUUGAAGAAUACAACUUGAACAAAAUGUAGGAAAUUUGGUGACUGGAACAUGAAAGAUCAGGUGCCCUCUUCUCCCAGCCUAUCCCCCAAAUGGUAAUGUCAUGCUUUGCAAACUAGGAAGUUUUGUUCAUUCAUGUGCUUUUUGACAUUGGCCUUUAUUUCCUGGUUUGGUUGCUGUUCAGUGGGCUGUUAUAUCUCAUCUAACAGAUAUAGGUUUAUGAAUCUGGCUAAGGUAUUUCUUUAUUAAUGAUUAUCCUUUGGUUGAUUUUCAAUAACUAACUUUAAAAAGAAAAUUAAAAGAGCAAGCUACAUCUGUAAUGAAGUGCCAGUAUAAGUUGGCUGUCGAGUCCUUAGUGUAUAUAUCUGAUAUCAAGGAAUUAGAGUAUCUUUAUGUCAGGUAGGGGAAGAGAAAGGGAAAUAUUGAAGAGCUAGAACUGUCUUUAUCCUAAUUGGAAAAUGGCACUGGUGAACAAGAGAGAAUCCAGGAUCUCUUCAAAAGUAUAAGAAGGAUCAAAGAUAGACACUCUGGGUCACUUUAUUAGGUACAGGAGUGAAACCUGGUGGUCUUCUAUUGCUAUAGCCCAUCCACUUCAAGGUUCAACAUGUUGAGAGCUCAAAGAUGCUCUUCUGCACACCACUGUUAUAAUGGGUGGUUAUUGGAUUUACUGUCACCUUCCUAUUAGCUUGAACCAGUCUGUUAUCUUGUUUUUCACACCAUUCUUUAUAAACUCUAGAGACUGUUAUGCAUGAAAAUCCCAGGAGAUCAGCAGUUUCUGAGAUACUCAAAGCUCCCCAUCUGGCACCAACAACCAUUCCACCGUUAAAGUCACUGAAAUCAUACUUUUUCUCUAUUCUAAUAUUUGGUCUGAACAGCAACUGAAUCUCUUGACCAUGCCUGUAUGCGGUUAUGCAUUGAGUUGUUGCCACAUAUUUGGCUGAUUAGAUAUUUGCAUUAACGAGCAGGUGUACCUAAUAAAGUGACCACUGAGUGUACUUGUGAUCAAAGCCAUCAUGUAUGAAAUCGGCUGCUUGUGUCAGUGAUGCGGGCAGUUAUUGAUUAACAGAAUAAUCUACUGCAUUGUGUAUAUAGAGGGCUGCAGAUUGAAGCUAAUUAAAGUUACUGUAAAAUUAGUUUUGGGUUAACUUGACUCAAGUCUUGGCCAUACUUGUUCCCUGACCUCCAAUUCCACAUGACUUGAUGUGACAGAUUUUUCUAUUAAAUUGCUUUCCCAUCAUCAUCUUAAAAAGUGAUGGCUGUUUGGUGAGGGAUAGGGAGCUACCUAACCCAGCUCCCAACAUACAACCAGGUCACUAAACAUAUAUGAAGUAGAAAGACCAUUCACCUAUCCAGAAAGACAUUAAAGGUCUCUGCUAAAUGUGAUUCAAAUGUUGCAGGGCAUUCAUUUUCACUGUCUUACCACAAGUGUAUCACAAGUAGAUCACGUUACAAAAAAGAAUUUCCUGGAAUGAGUUCUAUUUUUUUUUCCCUUGUCUGGUAUGAACCCAUCCUGCCUUGUCAGUUUAGAGUUUAAAAUUGUUCCACGUCUUAGUUGCCAUAUGUGCUUUUGUAAGGUUGUUGCUUGUUAUUUCUCCUUGUUGAAAAGCUAUUUCUCUAGCCUUUCCACCUAACUGUUCUCCAAACAUGGCUUUCUGAAUACUUUGCAACGCCAAUGAACAGAAGUCAGCAUUACAGGUGGAGGCAACUAAUUUUAAUUAGUGGGGGCGAAAUGCUUUUGAUCAUGUUCUAACACUGAGAUUUAAUGCAUUUGGUAUUUAAAACUUAUAUUUUAUGUACCUCUCAGUGCCUCUAUAUCUGUCCUAGUGAUUGGCCAGUGACCAAGUUCAACAGACUCCUGUGGCCCAUUACAGAGACAUUGGAUAUAGGUUACGAACAAAUAUGGGAAUGACGAUAAGGAUUUUUCUUCUCCUCCCCCCUCCCGCCUGCUCUGAGAUUGGAACCAGCAAUUACCACAAAUAGUUCUGCCAAUAAUACGUGUACCAAGGAAGGAGAAACAAAUGUGUGGAAGAGAUUUGUUAUUUUGCCCAUCUGAGAUACUGUGCAUCGCCUGUUCUCAAAUGAGUAAUAUGAAGCUUAAUAUGCAGAGUUAGCUCAGUAAUGAUGUUAGUGCAUAAUUCUGUAAAGAAAAGUUUUGAAUAGUAUAAACCUCAACAUCAGAGGCAAAAUCAUAACUAGUAUAGUUGUGUCUUAGUUAUUUUGCACUUUGUUUAUUUGAUCUAUGCUGUUCAUCAAGCUGGUUGCUUAGUUAUUACCAAGCUUUCUUAACUUUGUGUAGAAUAAAAAAAACGGAAGGCCAUUCUCAGGUGCAGACUGCAGCAAAGGGCCAUAUUAGAAUAAAAACAAGUUUGCAUUGACACUCUCAGAUGUUGAUUUUUUUUCCCCUUACUCAUAUUUCUUUCCCCCUUUUAAUGCGUCCAUCACUUCCUUAUACUGAAUGCUUCUCUGUAGCUGACACUGUGGGACUUCUGUAUGAACUUCUUAAUUACAUUUUACAGCAUGAUUCACUCCAGCCUGUAGCUUAAAUAUAUUCUUCAUUAUUAUUCAAUGUUUAAUUAACAAAUUAGUUGAUCCAAAAAAAGACUGCCUUGGUGUGAUUAGUAUAUCUUUGAUUAACAGCAGCCCUCCAAGCAAAGUAGGUUUGGUUUUGGUUUAUAACAAUUGCAUGUGGUCUUCACUUCCAGAGAUCACCUGUACUGAGAAUGAAGUUACAUACAGCUGUAACUAAUUACAGGUGAAGAAACUUCAGAAUGUCAUUGGUCCUCAUUCUUCCUCACCUUUAACCCCCCCCCCCCCAACCUCAGCCCAUUUGGUCCAUGAGUGAGUGAAGUUGAUGGCAUUGUAGAUUUCUUUCCUGUAAAGAAUUAAUCUGUGGGAAUUGUAACAGCAUUCACUUUAAUUUACUGUGCAGUGAUCAUGUCUUUUGUCUGCUGAAGAAAAGCAUUAACAGUGAAUGUUUCUUCUAGACUGUUGCAUCUGCCUCACAGCAUUACUGUUUGAUGUAAUUAAUUGCACAUAACUUGGAUUCUUGUUUGCGAUUUAUCAUGCAGUUGAAACACCAUCUCUAAAUGUGAAUUGUUAAGCUGUGAGGUUCUAGUAAUUGAUGGAUUAUUGUGCUGUCCUUCUACAUCUGUAAAAAUGUAUGUUUUAACUUUCAUCCUUGAAGCUUAAAAAGGUUCAACUAGAUGUUGUCAGUUCAGAUUCCUUCACCUUACCACCGCACCCACCAACCCCCAAACACUGCUAUUUCAUUCAUCUACUUCCAUUUCUGAUGUUUUGUAACACAGAUUGCAGCUAUCAAAUUAAACUUGCUGCACUGACUGAUGAAAUCUUUCAGCAGUUAAAAUACUGAGGGCUGGACAAAGCUAAUGAAAUAUUUCUUAAACCAAGUCCCACCUUUUGAGGGGCCAAGUCAGUCAGGGUUACUGUUGCAUUGAUGCUGGUUCCAUGUGACAUGUUUAACACUAUGUAUAUGCAAGAUGUUUAAAGAUGAGGGGUGGGUUCAGGGCGUCACCUCUUCCCAACGUCCACCACCUGCAGCAGGGAUCACUGAACACUAACUGUUACUCAUCUCGGUGCAGGUCUAGCAAUCGGUUCUGCUGCCCUUAGUUACUUGGCUGUAACAAUGUCAACUGAGUGGUUAGUCAGAGGUGGGGAUAUAUCCACAAUGAUAAAUACCUUUCCCACAACAAACCAAAAAAGGGAUGUUAAAUAUGUGGUCACAGUUGUGCUGAAAGACUGAGUUAAAAUGUUUCCUUGGCAAGCUGCUUGUACUUAUUUCUAUGAAGGACAAUAUUAAACUAUUUCUAAUGUACAUUUAUAAAUUUCAUAAAGCAUGUUGCUUUCAAACUACAGGAAGCUGAAGCUGGUUAACUUUAAAAUAAAAACACGUCUUAAUGUGUGGUGUUUUGUGAACUUGUAUGAAGUUAUACAAGUUGUUUUACAUUGUAUGCUUUUGUAAUGAGGAUAGAUCCUUGGCAACUGUCAGUCUGAGGAUUUCACAAACCAGUUUAGUUUACUUGUCAAUGUACGUACCACUGAACAUGGAAAUAAAGGCACUUGUACCA